AUGCAUGCUCACGAUCGCACCUUCUUGCUUUACCUACGAGCGUUCGGGCGCUUCUGCGGCAGCAAGCCGCUUCUCGACAGUACUCUUCGGUCAAUCAUCGCCCAGUAUGACCGACGACUCCACGCGCAACCCAAUCACCCGCUCUCCAUCACCAGGAAGCUGAUCGAGUCGUGCUUCCCUGGCUUCCAAAACCACAACGAGCUACCCGGCGUGGUCACUGUGAAUCAGAACUUCGACUCAUUAGGCUUUGCUCCAGACCACCCUGGACGAAACAGGAGCGACACCUACUACAUCAACAAGGACACACUCUUACGAACCCACACUUCCGCCCACGAAGUCGACGUAUUCCGUGCCAACACCAGUGAUGGCUACACAAUCGCCGCAGACGUCUACCGACGGGAUGCAGUAGACCGCACGCACUACCCCAUCUUCCACCAAAUGGAGGGCGCAUUAACCUGGGACAAAAGCAAAUUCAACUCUCAAGACGACUUCCUCCAUCAACUCCAAACAGACCUGAACAACUUCAACCCUCCCAACGUCGAAGUCGAAGAUCCGAACCCGCCGUUCCAGAGUUCGAACCCACUGCAAGAAAAGUACCACUCCGCCAUUGAAGCUGAACUCAUCGGAGCGCAUCUCAAACGCAAUCUCGAGAAAAUGGCCGUCACCAUCUUCACCGAAGCUGACAAAGCGCUCAAAGCGUCUGGGCAGGAAGCCGCGCCGGAAGAUAAAGAUCCGCUGAAGUUGCGGUGGGUGGAAGCUUUCUUCCCACAUACUUCACCUUCCUGGGAACUGGAAGUGUGGUGGCGAGGAGACUGGCUGGAGGUACUGGGGUCUGGAGUAAUCGAUCAACCACUUCUGAUCCGUGCAGGCGUGCCAACGCGGGUAGGCUGGGCGUUUGGGUUGGGGUUAGAGAGGUUGGCGAUGCUGUUGUUUGGGAUCCCGGACAUUCGGUUGUUCUGGAGCAAAGACUCUCGCUUCCUGAAUCAGUUUGAUGAGAAGAAGCCUAUCCAGCGAUUCCAACCGUUCAGCAAAUAUCCUGCUGCGCCACGAGAUGUCGCUUUCUGGCUGCCGAAGUCAGGUCCUGUCGUGGCGGAGACGCCAGCCGCGAGCUCGUCAACACCAUCACCAGCGGGAGGCAAAGAGACCGAGCCGACGCUGAGCGAGAGUCCAGCUUUCCACGAGAAUGACCUGAUGGAGGUUGUGCGCGGUACUGCGGGCGACAGCGUGGAAGACGUGACGUGCAUCGACAACUUCACUCAUCCAAAGACUGGACGGCAGAGCUUGUGCUAUAGGGUGACAUACCGAAGCCUGGAGAAGACGUUGACGAACGAGGAGGCGAACGCGUUGCACGAGGAGAUCAGGAAGGAGCUCGUAUCUCGCUUUGGGGUGGAGUUGCGAUAA